AUGUCCUCCUCUUCUCAAGCCCCAUUUUCCGCUGCCUCGCCCAUGUACAUGGACGAUGGCACCCAGUCCGAUCUCAGUGAUGAUGAUGAUGAUGACUCCUAUGAAAACCCGCCUGCCUUUCGGAUCAACCAAAAAGUCUUGUGUCGAGAUGUCAGCAACGGAGCUCACUUUUACGAAGCCAAGGUCAUCAAAUUGAAGGCACUCGGCAACGAUGAGUGGGAAUUCUUUGUGCACUAUCACGGAUGGAGUUCUAGAUGGGAUCGUUGGGUGAAUGCAGAGGACCUUUGCGAGGAUACUCAAGAGAAUCGAGCCUUGUAUCUCCAGAAAAAGGACAUUGCCGUCCAACAACAUCAAGCCGAACAAAAGAAGAAACGCAAGGAAAAGCUAAAUGAUUCGGCACGCAAAAAGCGACGAAAGGGUGACGAAAAUAUGCCACCCAACGGGGAGUACACUCGCGAAUUUGCGGAGAAACGAAUUGCGGCCUACCAAGGGUACUGCGAGUUGCCCUUUACACUCAAAACGGUAGUGGUGGACGAGGGGGACAAGGUUACCCGCAAGGGCUAUGUCAAUCCAAAAUUUUACGACCACAACUCGAUCUCGCUACCGCCCCGUAGCGUUCACAAUUUGCCCGCCACCGUCACGGUACAACAAGCACUCUUGCAUUACCAAAAGAAACGAACUGGCUCGGCGGAAACCGAAUCCAAACGAGAGCAGAUCAAAGCCUUUUGUCAUGGACUGGGGAUGGUCUUUGAUUCAGCACUCCCAUUAGUCUUGCUCUAUCCCGAAGAACGACCCCAAUACAAUUCCCUCCAAAAUGAUCCCAAUUGCAAAGGCAAAUCUCCAUGUCAGAUUUACGGAUGCGAAUUUUUGUUGCGGCUCAUGAUUCGGUUGCCCACCUUGCUCAUUGCCGAACCGGUACAUUUGAUGAAAAUUAAUGGGCCACUGAUUGCGGAUUUGAUUAUUUUGCUGCAAAAGAAUCGACAAACGUGUUUCAAGCCCAAAUUUCGGGACCCCAAGUACUGCGAGUUGCGAGAUUGGGAGCAACAAUUGGUGGACCAACAAGAACAAAAACAGCAGCAGGAAAGGAAUAAUCAGACAAACAAACCAAAAGUGGCAGAUGCUUCUUGA